AUGAAUGCGGCCCCAAAUCCGCGGAGCCAGCCACGUGUUACAGACGCUCGCACAAUGCAACAUCUCGAGACCCGCGAAAGAGAAUGGACGCAUUCGUUGUUUUUUCGCUCAUGGCCCGCUCCACGGACAAACCUCCGAGGAACCGAUGAAAACGCCAAAAAGCAUCCGAAGUCCUGGAGGCGGGCAUUGGGGAACGAUUGGGGGACGAGAUUGGAUGAGAAGGAAGGAGACGACGACGACGACGACGACGACGCAAAGGAGCGGGAGCGCGGGCUGCAGGAGGCGAAGAGGAGAAGGGGUGAACGUCUCGAGCUCGCGCCCGCGGCCUGA